AGUACCUUUGACUCAUUUAUACUGUUCUCCCUGUGAUUCCAACAUCCAACUCCCCUAGCUCUCUCUCUCUCUCAUGUAGGAGGAGCUCCUCUACUAUAUACUAACCAAACCAAACCUUGGUUUCUUGUGGAGCUUAACUCAUUUCCUUUGAACGUUUUUGGCGUUUCCUCUAAAUCCCUAAUUUUACUUUGUUGCAGUUUUUUUCUGUUACAUAGGAAUAGAAUGAGGGACUUGUCAUCCUCAUUCCUUUGUUUCUUCAGGCUAUUCUGCUGCAUAUGCUUCUUCCUACCGUCUGCUAUUCCUUAUGAUGGACCUUUAUACGAUCAUUCUGCUUACACAGAGUGCAAAACACAUCCGGAGGGUCCACUUUACAAUGGAGGGAUUCUUAAAGAUUACGCCCGUGACAUUGGACGUCACCUCGACAAUCCCGGCACCGGAAUUUACACGCCAGCCUUCGUCCUCCGGAAUCUCACUCAGGGCACCAAGUACUGUUUAUCAGUUUGGGUGAAGAUCAAUGGCGUAGAUUCUGCUCUCAUAAGGGCAAGAUUAUCAACACAAAAUGAAACUUAUAAGUGUGUUGGGACUGUAAUAGCACAGAGCGGAUGCUGGUCUUUUCUCAAAGGCGGAUUUGUUUUGGAUUCACCGUCCGAGUUAUCUAUCCUUUUUUUCCAGAACUCGGACGACAGAGAUGUCGAUAUCUCAAUAGCAAGUGCUUCUUUGCAGCCAUUUACUGAUCAACAAUGGAGAAUAAACCAAGAUUACAAAAUCAACGCUGAAAGAAAACGAGCAGUGACCGUACAUGUAUCUGAUGCACAUGGAGAUAGGUUGAGAGGAGCAGAUGUCAGAGUAGAGCAAAUCUCUAAAGACUUCCCAUUCGGAUCGGCAAUUGCCAAAACCAUUCUUGGAAACUUACCUUACCAGGAUUGGUUUGUGAAGCGGUUCAAUGCUGCAGUCUUUGAAAAUGAGCUUAAGUGGUAUGUUACAGAAGCCAAACCUGGGAAGAUCAACUAUACCUUAGCAGACCAGAUGUUAGAAUUUGUUCGGGCUCACCAAAUCGUCACCAGGGGCCACAAUAUCUUUUGGGAAGAUCCUAUAUACACACCUGAUUGGGUUCGAAACCUCACAGGCGCAGAACUGCAAUCGGCCGUUAAUUCGCAUAUUCUGAGUCUGUUGAACAAAUACAAGGAGGAAUUCAUACAUUGGGACAUCAGCAAUGAAAUGCUUCAUUUUGAUUUUUAUGAGAAAAAACUUGGCCCCAAUGCUACCUUGCAAUUCUUUCAGACUGCACACCAAGCAGAUCCAUUGGCAACCCUCUUCAUGAAUGAAUUCAACGUGGUGGAGACCUGUGCUGAUGCUAAUUCAACUGUGGAUCACUACAUUUUGAGGUUAAGAGAACUGAAAAAAGGUGGGGCUACAAUGAGUGGAAUUGGCCUAGAGGGCCAUUUCACCAUACCUAACCUUCCUCUAAUGAGAGCUGUCAUAGACAAGUUGGCCACCUUAGGGCUUCCAAUUUGGCUGACAGAGAUUGACAUCAGCAAGACCAUUGAUAAGCAAACUCAGGCUAUCUAUCUUGAACAAGUACUAAGAGAAGGAUUCUCACAUCCUUCUGUGAAUGGGAUAAUGCUUUGGACCGCCCUUCACCCCAAUGGUUGUUACCAAAUGUGCUUGACUGAUAAUGAUCUCAACAACCUCCCUGCUGGUGAUGUAGUCGACAAGCUCUUGCAAGAAUGGCAAACUGGUGAAAUAAAGGGUCAAACCAACGAGCAGGGUUCAUAUAGCUUUUAUGGCUUCUUAGGUGAAUACAAGCUAUAUGUUCAAUACGAAGAUAAAUUCAUAAAUUCAACAUUCUCACUUAGUAGAGGAGAUGAAACUAAACAUUUCAGCAUUCAGCUAUGAGUCCUUCAUUCAUCCGUUUUAUUUACACAUGAAGGAUGUAUCUCCACACAUUUAUACCAAGCUUAGUGUGUAAAGAUCUUCCUUCUUAAAAAGUGCAAUUUUAAUAAAUAAAUACGAAAUGACAGUGUAUCUCUCUUUGUUAAUGCACUAUUACACUAGUUUAGACUUUAGAUGUAGAGCAUACUUAGGUCUAUGACUGCCGGUGCAUGACUCGAACAUUAGUUUUUCUUCAUUGUGAAAUUGAAUUUGACAAUUCCACAAAUUGGGUCUAUUGUUGAGUGGAGCACAGCAUUGCAGAAUGCGGAAUUUCAACCUUCUAUAAUUCUCAUAAAUACGGAAUCCAAAUUGACUGAGAAGAACAGAAAAUGGAAUUUCAAAUCCAAAUCCACUGUUGCAAUUUGUUUGGUGAAUCCAAUAUGUGAGUUUUUGACUACUGCCAAAGUUCCGCAUGAACCAACCACUGUAACUGCAGGCAUGGAUGAGUUUUUCAUGAACCGAAAGCUGAAGAUGUUGCCUUGGUGCUUAAGAAGCAAAAAGUCAUCAAGUGUUCCUCGAUCAUAGUAGCUUGGGUUUUUAAUGGAGAUAUUGUAGAUAUUGUAUAUAUUUAGAAAGAUAUUGUUUUAGGAAGUUGCUAAUAUUGUGUUUAGGAAGUUACUAAUAUUGUAUUUAGGAAGUUGAAGUUGCUAAUAUUGUGCAUAUGGAUUUUUAGGAAGAUAGAGUUUUAAGAAGGCAUUGUUUUAGGAAGUUGCUAUUUUCUAGAGUUGCCACUUUGAUCAUGAUGUAAUUGUAUAUAUAUGGGGCGAUUGCCUCCAUUGAAAGCAAGACAGAAUAGCCAUUCCUUUGAAUUUCGACCUA